AAAACCUCAUCUCCUCCGUUACACGGCCCUCAAAGCGAAAGCCGAAUGGUGGUUCUGAGACUACCUUCUCUCUCCUCCCUCUUCUCGCCCUCGGCCGCCAUCUCCCGUCGGUUUCCGGAGGUUCUCCGGAGCCGCCACCAUGUCCGGCGCUUCAGCGGAGUCUCCGCCCAGAGCACGGCAGAGAAAGAGGCCUCGCCGGAGACCGAGCCGGUCCGAGUCGCGGCGCAGAAGGAUCGAAUCGAGGACCAAAGCGUCACGCCUCGGUCUCAGGACUUCAAUGCUUGGUACCUUGACGUCAUAGCCAACGCCGAGCUCGCUGAUUACGGUCCGGUUCGCGGCACCAUGGUUAUUCGUCCUUACGGUUACGCCAUUUGGGAAGCAAUUCAGGAUUAUUUGAACGUGAAAUUCAAGGAGACUGGCCACAGCAACAUGUAUUUCCCGCAGUUUAUACCAUACUCAUUUAUUGAAAAAGAAGCAAGCCAUGUUGAAGGUUUCAGUCCAGAAUUAGCACUUGUGACAAUUGGAGGGGGAAAGGAACUUGAAGAAAAACUUGUGGUUCGACCUACAAGUGAAACCAUAGUAAACCACAUGUUCACUCAGUGGAUUCAUAGCUACCGUGAUCUUCCUCUCAUGAUUAAUCAGUGGGCAAAUGUUACGAGAUGGGAGAUGCGGACAAAACCAUUUGUGAGGACUCUUGAAUUUCUCUGGCAAGAGGGCCACACUGCUCAUGCCACCCCUGAAGAGGCAGAAAAAGAGGCAUUACAGAUGAUUGAUGUCUAUACAAAAUUUGCUUAUGAGCAAGCUGCAAUACCUGUUAUUACAGGUCGAAAAUCAAAAGUGGAGACAUUUGCUGGUGCUGUUAGGACCUAUACAAUUGAGGCUAUGAUGGGUGAUCGGAAGGCUCUACAGGCUGGAACCAGCCACAACCUUGGACAGAAUUUUUCUCGUGCUUUUGGAACACAGUUCACUGAUGAAAAUGGACAAAGACAACACAUAUGGCAGACAUCAUGGGCAGUCAGCACCCGUUUUAUUGGUGGUAUCAUCAUGACCCAUGGAGAUGAUGCUGGUUUGAUGCUUCCCCCAAAAAUUGCUCCAAUACAGGUGGUAAUCAUACCAAUCUGGAAGAAGGCUGAUGAAAAAACAGGAGUUCUCAAUGCUGCAUCAUCUGUGACAGAAGUUUUAAAAUCUGCAAAUAUUAAAGUUAAAGUUGAUGACUCAGAUCAGAGAACCCCUGGAUGGAAAUUCAAUUUCUGGGAGAUGAAGGGAGUUCCUUUAAGGAUUGAAAUUGGUCCUCGUGAUGUUUCAAGCGGGAGUGUCGUCAUAUCUAGGAGAGAUGUUCCUGGAAAGCAAGGGAAAGUUUUUGGGAUAUCUAUGGAACCUUCAAUUUUGGUAGCAUAUGUCAAAGAUAAGUUGGAUGAGAUUCAGUCAUCACUUUUGGAAAGGGCAACGUCCUAUCGAGAUAGUAACAUUGUGGAUGUCAGCUCCUAUGAUGAGCUGAAAGAGGCCAUUUCUCAGGGAAAAUGGGCAAGGGGUCCUUGGUCGGCUAGUGAUGCAGAGGAACUAAGAGUGAAAGAAGAAACAGGGGCAACGAUUCGGUGUUUCCCUUUUGAACAGCCUCAAGGCAUGAAAACAUGCCUGAUGACAGGCGAUCCAGCUGAAGAAGUUGCACUUUUCGCAAAAUCGUAUUAAGUCUGCAGGCAUGUACCCUCUUCUAACAUUGGGACCUCUCUUGUUUUCCCCUCACAUUCAAUUUUGUUAAGGUUUUUUCUUCUCCUCCAUAGGGUAUAUGAUUUAGAUUGAAAUGCUCUAAAGGUUUUGUAUCCUUAGUAAUUAAGGGGAAUUUUAAAGCCGUGCCUUCCAAAACCAUCAUAAUUUAUGUGGAAAAUGUUUCUUUUAGAAAGCUU